UCGCGAACCGCCACCCGACCCAAACAACAAAAUGCCCUCCUCCCAAGAUUCCGGGGUGACCGGCGCCGCUAAGUUUGUCACCUCCACUCUCGGAAACACGGUCGGUGGAGUUUCCCGCACCGUGGGCGGCGUCACCGGAGCAGCAGGCCGAGGCAUCGGAGACACCAUCACUGGCGCAACUGGCAGUGCGGGCAAGCCCAUCGGGGAUGCCCUGGGCAAUAUCGGCAGUGGGGUGGAAGAUGGAGCGCGCAAGGUUGCGCAGGGUGUUGAGGAUGCUGGACAGUGGAAGUCCCGAGGCUGGUAGGGGAUAUAAGCUGCGAUGGAUGACAGGAUUCACAAUUUCGGGAGACUUGGGAGCACUGCAUGAAAUGAUGUUUGGUGAUUUAUCUACUUUCUCUGUAUGAUGUAAUGAAACGUGACAUGAAGCAACCACCUAUAAUUGGUCACUCGGCCCUUCACCACUCUUAUCUCCUUCUAGACACGGACGGGGACUGUAGAUAUUCUCAUGCAGACUGUAUAAUACUAGUACUGAUAUAUA